CCGGGAUCGAGUCACCUGACCCAGUUCCCGUCACAUGACCGUGCUCCUCUUGUCAGCCGUAGCAGUGCAGCGGAGAGGUCACGGGUGUGAGGAUCCUGCCGUCUGCCCGCUCCUGGCGCCGAGCCUGUGGUGGAGGACACGUUCAUUUUUACCAGCACCGCCAGAAUCCUGAUCCUCCUGCUUGUUACUUGUUAGAGGAACAGAAACGUGAAGAUGGACAUCAGAGGUGCUGUGGAUGCGGCUGUCCCAACAAACGUUAUUGCAGCCAAAGCCGCAGAGGUUCGCGCUAACAAAGUGAACUGGCAGUCCUAUCUACAAGGUCAGAUGAUUUCAGGAGAAGACUGUGAAUUUAUCCUGAGGUUUGAAAAGUCCAAUUCAGAAGAGAAAAAAGCCAUAUUAACCAAUGAAGGCAAUCAGUGUGCUAAAACCUUUAUCAACUUGAUGACCCACAUCUCCAAGGAACAAACCGUCCAGUAUAUUUUAACUAUGGUGGAUGAUAUGCUUCAGGAAAAUCAUCAACGUGUCAGUAUAUUCUUUGACUAUGCCCGCCGUGGGAAGAACACCGCAUGGUCCUACUUUCUGCCGAUGUUAAAUCGCCAGGAUCUCUUCACUGUCCACAUGGCAGCGCGUAUAAUUGCUAAAUUGGCAGCCUGGGGGAAAGAAUUAAUGGAAGGCAGCGAUUUGAAUUACUACUUCAACUGGAUUAAAACUCAGCUGAGCUCCCAGAAAUCACGAGGAAGUGGAGGCGCUAUGGAAACAGGAACAGUUUCUCCUAGUGAUAGCUCCCAGUACGUGCAGUGUGUUGCUGGAUGCCUUCAGCUGAUGCUUAGGGUUAAUGAGUAUCGUUUCGCGUGGGUGGAAGCAGAUGGUGUCACUUGCAUAAUGUCUGUACUGCAUAAUAAAUGUGGAUUUCAACUUCAGUAUCAAAUGAUCUUCUCAAUAUGGCUCCUUGCCUUCAGUCCACAAAUGUGCGAAUACCUGCGAAGGUAUAACAUUGUGCCAGUAUUGUCUGAUAUCCUCCAGGAGUCUGUCAAAGAGAAAGUGACUAGGAUUAUCCUUGCAGCUUUUAAGAAUCUGCUAGAAAAAUCCACUGAAAGAGAAACUCGUCAGGAGUAUGCCCUGGCCAUGAUCCAGUGCAAAGUUCUGAAGCAACUGGAAAACUUGGAGCAGCAGAAAUAUGAUGAUGAAGAUAUAGUUGAUGAUAUCAAAUUCCUCUUGGAAAAACUCGGAGAAAGUGUGCAAGAUUUAAGCUCUUUUGAUGAGUACAGUUCUGAACUGAAGUCUGGAAGAUUGGAAUGGAGCCCAGUCCACAAAUCUGAGAAGUUUUGGAGAGAGAACGCUGCAAGACUAAAUGAAAAGAACUAUGAGCUCUUGAAAAUCCUAACAAAGCUUUUGGAAGUCUCUGAUGACCCACAAGUCCUUGCUGUGGCUGCCCAUGAUGUCGGAGAAUACGUACGACAUUACCCAAGAGGAAAGAGGGUGAUUGAGCAGUUGGGUGGGAAGCAGCUGGUAAUGAACCACAUGCAUCAUGAAGACCAACAGGUUCGCUACAAUGCUUUGCUAGCAGUUCAGAAAUUGAUGGUCCAUAAUUGGGAAUAUCUGGGAAAACAGCUACAGUCAGAGCAACCCCCAGCAGUGACUGCCAGAAGUUAAAUCUUUUCAUUGAUGUGCUGCAGCAUCCAUGCUUUGCUUCUGUAUCUCCCAUCCAUGUUUUUUUUGUUUUUAAAGACUCGCUUUGUGUUGUUUGUUCUCCUUGCCCAUUAUAAUCCAUGUUUUAGUGAAGUAUAAAUGUGAAACUGUUUUAGUGUGUUGCAGUUCACUAUACAUGGGGGUUGGAGAGACUACAAUUGCACAGGCUCAAGAUGCAGAACUAAAGAACAGUAUGUAGUCUU